UCAAUACUCCCAUUUUUUGUACUCAACUCUCUCUCUCUCUCUCAACUACAUUUUUUGUGUUUCAAGGAUGGCUUUCCCUGCAGUUUCCAUGGUUUCUCUUGUAUUUUUCUUUUUCAACUUUUGCCUUCAAGGAGUGUUUGGUGAUUACGGAGGAUGGCAGAGUGCUCAUGCUACCUUCUACGGCGGAGGCGAUGCGUCCGGCACAAUGGGUGGUGCUUGUGGGUAUGGCAACUUGUACGGCCAAGGUUAUGGUACAAACACUGCAGCACUAAGUACUGCUCUAUUCAACAAUGGGUUAACAUGUGGUGCGUGCUACGAGCUAACUUGCAAUAGUGACCCCAAAUGGUGCCUCUCGGGGACCAUAACAGUCACGGCAACAAAUUUUUGCCCUCCUAACCCAUCUCUGCCAAAUGACAAUGGUGGAUGGUGCAAUCCGCCCCGACAACACUUCGAUUUGGCCCAGCCGGCUUUCUUGCAAAUUGCACAAUAUCGUGCUGGAAUUGUGCCGGUUUCCUUCCGAAGGGUUCCCUGUGUAAAGAAGGGGGGAAUAAGGUUCACAAUAAACGGUCACUCCUACUUCAACCUUGUGUUAAUCACCAAUGUUGGUGGUGCCGGUGAUGUCCAUUCGGUGUCGAUUAAGGGUUCAAGAACAGGAUGGCAACAAAUGUCAAGAAACUGGGGCCAAAACUGGCAGAGCAAUACCUAUCUCAAUGGUCAAAGUCUCUCUUUUCAAGUCACUGCCAGUGAUGGAAGAACAAUUACUAGUAACAAUGUUGUCCCGGCUGGUUGGCAAUUCGGACAAACAUUCCAAGGAGGACAAUUUUAGUUAUAAUAUCAAUUGGAAAUUCUUAGAAAUAUUCUGAAAGGAUUUUUAAGAUUUAAGUUUGUUAUUAGUUAAAAAGGGUGUGCAGGUAUGAAAGAGGUUGUGGGAGCAAUAUGUCAUGCUCCGGACGUUUUAAGUCCGUGACAAAUGGCUCUAAUGCUGUGGUGGCUGGAUAGCACCCGCUUAAGCCUAUUUAUCAUAGUUAUCUUUGUUACUUUUUUUUUGGGGUUUUUCUUCUUAAAUAUAUAAUUCAAAUGGUGGUUAAGAUUAGAUGAAGCCACCUAAUUAUCGUAAAUAAGUUUGCAAGUAAAAACUUUAUCCGGUACAAAAGUGGAGUUUGAGGCUAUUUAUGUUCGAUGUAUUCA